AUAAUAAUAAUAUAUUAUUUAUUCUUAUCAAAAUAUGUGAUUCAUUGAUAAAACGUGUUUUUGUUAUCAUAACACGACUGCGGACUACCAUAACAUCACAUACAGUGUUAUAGUAGUAUGUGAAUAAUUCGUGAUUAGUGACAUAGUUCAUAGAGUAGAAACUUUUCUAUGAGUUCAUUACCUAACGAUUUUUUAUUUAAUGUGGAAAUGAAUGAUUCAGUGAUUUCACUGUCAUCAAUAUCAUCUGAUUCAGUGUCAUCUGAAAGUUCAACUUCAAUAUCUGAUAACUUCUUAACAAUAAAUGAAAAUGAUCUAAAUGAAGAUAUAUUGAGAAAAGAAAUUGAAAAAUGCAAUCAAAUGAUAAGAACUACUAAAGAGUGUAGUCAAGAACGCAUGCGAUUGGUUAGAAGAUUAGUAGAGUUAAGAUUCAAAUUAGAAAUGGUAACAGAAAUAAAGGCUUUAGAAAACAAAAAUCAAUUGAUUGAAACCAAAGUGAUUUUUGGUCAUCAUUUAUCUUUUGUAUGGAAACCAAACUGGUUAGAAAAUAAAAUCUGUGAUGUAUGUGCAAAAACUAUUUGGAAAUACAUGCAUCAGUUGUAUGAAUGUUCAGAUUGUGGAUACUACUGUCAUAUUUUUUGUUUGGAUAAAAUCAAAAGAGUUUGUACUGCAGUUCUUGCUAGUGAACAUUCUAUGAUUUUAACUAUCACUCCAUCCAAUGGAUUGUUAUCUCAAGAUUACAAAUGUGCUGAAUGCCAAUCAUAUAUUCGUAUUCGUAACACCAAACUGUCAUCUGAAGAUACUCUUUCAUUAGAAGCCCGCUUAUGUGACUAUGAUGGAAAAUUUUACUGUCCCUUACAUCAUUGGAAUAAUACUGCUUUAAUACCAGCACGUGUUUUAUGCAAUUGGCAAUUUGAGAAAAAAUGUGUUAGCCAGGCAUCUUUUCAACUACUUAAUUAUAAUUAUAAAUCAAAAAUGUAUAAUUUAGAAAAACACAACCCUAAACUCUUUACAUAUUUAGAGUCACUCAAUAAAAUCAAAAACAUUAAAAAUAGUUUAGUAAAAAUGAAAAAAUACUUGGUUUUAUGCAAAGUUUGGAAUGCACAGUUGAAAAAUGUAUCUUCAAGAUGUCAUGAAUUGCUAUAUGAUAGUGUUCUGUAUAGUAUGAAAGAUAUGGUUGAAAUACAUUCAGGACUUUUUUUAGAAGAUUUACAGAGAGUAUAUGACAUCUGUGAAAAACAUAUUCGAUAUGAAUGCGAAAUUUGUAAAAAUCAAGGAUACAUUUGUGAGCUUUGUCAAAAGGACACAAUAAUAUUUCCAUUCGAUGAAGAUGCCCAUAGCUGUGAUAAAUGUGAUAAUGUUUAUCACUACCAAUGUUGGAAAAAUAGAGAUUUCUGCCCUAAAUGCAAAAGAAUUAAAGAACGGUCUAGACUUCAAGAAGUAUAAUUAUAUAUUUCCAAAAGUAUUGAAAACAUUUUAUUUUAAUCUAUUACAAUAUUUUUUAUUUACUUAUUAAAAUUUAAAAUUUUUGUACUAUUUAUUUUAAUUACUAUCUAAAGUAAAAAUAUUUUUGAAUAUUGUUUUAUAGCAAUAAGUAAUUACUGCCUUUAAAAGUAAUAUUAAUAACUAAAACGUAUCUAUAGAAGGGUUAAUUACUGUGAUAUUUUUAAUUAUGAAUUUAAUUUUAUUAUUAUUCUGUUGAUGUUUUACAUAUUAUAUAUUAGGAUUAAAAUUUAGAUAAGG